AUGGAGGCGAUUGCGGCCACCCCGCUCGGCGAUCACCCUCCAUCUCCAUGGCAGGACCUCCCGCCGGAGCUGCUGGGCCUCGUCAUCCAGCGCGUGCCGUCCCACGCCAGCCGCGUCCGCGCCGUAUGCCGCUCGUGGCGCGCCGGCGCGCGCCUGCAUCCUCCGCUGCGGCCGCUACUCCCGUGGCUCACGCUCUGCGACGGCAGGUCUCUCAGCCUCCCCGACGGCGAGCUCCAUCGUAUUCGGAUCCCAGACGACAUCUCCCGCAUCAUGUCCACGGGCGGCAUGCUCUUCAUCGUGCACAGCGAUGGCAGGUGCUCCCUAGCAAACCCCUUUUCCCACAACACGGCCCCUCAGCAGGUCCACGCUAACUGCUUCCGUCAUGAAGUAUCUCCUGAUUCCCCGCCGGUCUGCAAUCUCCGCAAGGUGGUGGUGAUGGCGGACCACAUCGUCACCAUCAGGGAAGGCCGCUCACAUGGACAUGGAGAGGUCUUGUCGAUCCGCGACCAGCGCCAACCCUCGAGGGCCGUGAACAUCCAGUGGACGCCUCCCCUACACAUCCCCGCGCAUGUCCUCGACAUCACGCUCUUCCAAGAGAAGCUCCACGUCCUUGUCGGAAUCGGAACACUAUAUAUACUCGCUAUCCAUCUUUACGUCAUGGACACCAUCGGCGGCGGUGACGGCAAGCAUGUUAACCUACGGCGCAUACUUGUCGCAAACGAGGAGCAAAACUACAUUCGCACCAGCUGCUACCUGGUCGCAUCCGGCGAUCGGUUGUUGAUGGUGAAGCAAAUGGGUAUGUUCAAUGGCUCGUUCAUAAGAUUUCUCAGGUCAGCUUGGUUUGAGGUAUUUGAGGCCGCGGACUUGAGCAGCGGCUGUGGGCAAUGGAAGAAGGUCGAUAGGUUGAUGGGACGUGCUCUCUUUGUCAGCCAAGGCUGCUCAGAAUCGCUUCCAACCGGUGACCAAUAUGGCGGGGCUCAACAAGACUGCAUCUACUUUCUGAGCAACAGCAAGAUAGACACGUUGCCGGGCCACUUCUCCGGCAUAUACAACAUGAGAUUAGGGACACUUUCGCCCUUGUUGUUCGAGACUCUGGUGGCACAUGAUGGUCCAGGAACAACGUCUUGGCUUUUCCCCGUUUAUACUUAG